AUGCUUACCGUCGUCAACUCGACGUUCAGGGAAAACGCCGCGGGGCUUGUAUCGUUCGCCGGGCAGGACGAAGACGAGGUUGAGGGGGCUGGUGGCGGCAUCGCGGCCAAGGACUCUACUGUACUGGUCGAAGGCUGCUUGUUCGACACGUGCUAUGCCUCCAAGAAAGGGGGUGGCCUUCUCCAGGAGUCGGGACAGCUGUCGGUGGUGGGCUCCUUGUUUUUCAACAACACCGCCGGGAGCGACAAUCAAGAUUCCGAGGAUGCGAUAGGAGAGGGUGGGGCGGUGGCGAUGACCGCUUGCACGCACUCCUCCGAUACGCCGGCAGCGGCGGUGGCGCCCUGCGAGUUUCGAGACACGGUCUUCUUGGACAAUUCCGUGGCGGAAAAGGGCGGUGCGCUGGCGAUCGCGUCGGGGGAUGAUGACGAUCGCCCAACGGUGGAGCUUGACGGGUGUGUGGUUAGGAACAACACGGCCGGGAAGGCGCUGUCGGACGACCCUCAGGGUGAAGGGGGCGCGAUUGUGGUGGGCGCGGGGUGCGCGCUCCUCCUGUCGGACUGUCUCCUCGAGAAGAACUGGGCCGGAAAGAAGGGCGGGGUGAUUAACCUGUCGGGAGGGGAAGACUGGGACGACGACCCCGGUGCCGUCCUCAUAGUGCAAGACUCCAGCUUCGUGUUCAACACGGCCCUGCUCAACACUGCCGGCGGGGUGACCAUGAACCAGUUCACCAACACCACCAUCGUCGGGCAGGGGAACGUGUUCUACGGGAACAGGUGCGCCCUGGGCGGCGCCGCGAUCGGGGCGGACUACAAUUCCAUCAUUACGGUCGAGGGAGGAACCUUCAUCGGCAACGAGGCGGACAUGGAGACUGAAGAGGAAGUCUGGCAAAAAGGCGAGCAGAGCGGGGGAGUGCUUUGGACGAGGGGCGAGAUUUCCGUCCUGGGUGGGCACUUUUCCAACAAUUCGGCUAAGAAUGGCGGAGUGAUUCAGGGCAGCCUUAACAGCACGGUGGUGGUCGAAGGAGGCACGUUCGAGAACAACGUGGCCGAGAACGGCGGCGUGAUUUACGUCGUCGAAGACGGUUCGUUGGUGUUCAACGGGGGCCUGUUGCAAGGAAACUCCGCAAGCAACGGAGGGGGCGCGUUCUUCGCCGAGAGCGGUGCAGACAUCGAGAUAACCGGAGGAAACUUCAUCUCAAACAAGGCCGACUUCGGAGGGUUUCUGUACAAAGCGGGCGAGGGCAAUGCCACUUGCUCGGGAGCGACAGUUCUGCAGCACGAGGGGAUAGAUGGUGGCGCGAUCUACGCGAUCGAUGGUGCGAAUCUGGAGUGGGCGUGCCACAUAAGGGAGAACUCCGCGCUGAUCGGUCCCGCCAUCUACGCCCGCGACAACGCGGUCGUGGCUCUUCGCGGCGUCGAGGUGUCAGACAACUUCGUCACUCGCGGCAGCGCCAUUUUCCUUGUCAACAGCACGUUCAUCACGUCUCAGGUGGUCGUUAACGACACGUCGGAGAACUCCGACUUAUCCGCUGUGCAGACCGACGCACUGUCUACGUAUACAGCUCAAGACACCUGCUUCGUGGGCUUCGCUGGCGAGGUGGUCGUUUACAGUGAAGGGGAGUUGUACCUUGACGAGUGCGACUUCAGCGGCAGCUCGAGUGCGGUGCUGGUCUACGCGGAACUGGAAGACGCUACGGUGAUCCGGAACGCUGUGCUAGGAGCAAACAAUUACGAAACCAUCGCCGAGGAUGCGUCAGAAAUGUUGCAGCUGCCGAGCGCCGACAGCUUCAUCAACCUGAACCUGACGUGCAACUCAUCGUCAGCCGUGUCACCUUGCGGUGUAGGGUCGUGGUGCCUUGAGGGUGACCUUGGCGUCUACUGCGAGCACUACCAGCUCAGAUCCACCUUGGAAGAGGUGUGCGCCAGCGGAGACGUGGACGCGCUGACCCUGACCCUGAUCGAAGACACCGAAUCCCAACCAACCUUCUACCCGAGCUUGCUCGAAAGAGAGCUGCAACUGUCGUUUGCGCCUUCCAACGCAACCAACGCAGACGACGACGACAUCGCCACCAGCAGCAGGAGCUGUGUCGGCGCUAGCCGGGUGGCGUGGAGCGUGUCGGGGCUGUGGCCGUCCUCAGAGGAGGAGCAGGACGACUGGACGGUUUUCCCAUCGACAGGCUUGCUGCUCCCAGGGGAGAGCGUUCGCUUGCGCCUUGUGAGUCAGCCGAACGACGCAUUUAAUGGCCUCGCCAACAUCACCGUCCGAGCGAACGACAUCACUGCCCUGUCCACAACGGCGUCCAUCCUGGCGAGCAACACAGAGCCUCAGAGUGAAGGCGGUGACGUCACGGUCGGCGUGGAGUACUACUUCUGCGAUGAGGGUAACUUCUGGAACUCAAGCGUCUCGGGGGCAGAUCUCGACCCCACCGUCGCGUGCACGCUCUGCACCGAGUCCAUCGAUGGCGCUAUUGAGGGGGUGGACUGCGCAUCCGCCGGCGCUACAACGACGGAGCUUCCGAUCAAGGCAGGCUACUGGCGGGCUAACGUCACUUCCCUCACGAUUCGCGAGUGCUUCAACGAGGGGGCUUGCAAGGGAGGGACGACCGUCGCAGAAGUGCAGGAAUACUGCAACGAGGGCUACGUAGGACCUCAGUGUGCUGUGUGCGAGACAGGCUUCGGAAAGGGUAUGGCGGACGAGUGUCACUCUUGCACGGCAGGCUUCAAGGGAGGCAUGUAUUUCCUGCUAGCCGUGGUACUGCUGGCUAUGGUCGUGGUGGUCGUUCUUCUGGCGAUAUACCUGGUGGGAGGCAAGAGCGCCGUGUCUUCCACCGUGGUGAACACCAAGGAGUCCGCCCUCAGGAUCCAGCAUCGCGGAUCCGUCCUCCUCACACGCUCGGUUGACAAUGCCCGACCAGACUUCGGCGGCCUGAGCGACGGCCCGCCGAUCGGGGGCUCCGCCGUUUCAACUAACUCGCCGGGCACAGAGCACAAGGCCGCUCCGCCGGAAGUCUCGGCUGGCCAGAGCCGCGGCCAGGGCAACAGCCGGGCUGGAAACGACAAGGACGACGACGCAUCCCCGAGGAGAGUCGCGAACCUGUUGACGGCGCUCCCGCUGUCCAAGCUGAAGAUCGUCAUAGACAUCACCAAGGCGCCGUUCCCACCGAUAUACGAAAAGUUUCUGUCUAUCAUCGGCAUCUUUUCCUUCGACCUGGGUUGGAUUCUGUCGGCGGCGUGUCUGACCACGGGCAUUGACUUCUACGACAAGCUUCUGAUGGUGACGAUCGGGCCGCUGUUGCCCCUCUGCUUCUUGGGGAUUACCUUCUUCGUGGGGUCGCGGCCGGCGAAGAAAACAAACAUGAGUCCUAACACUACCGCUGGUGGUGGUGCUACUUCGGGAAGCAGGGUGGGGGAGGUGGAGGAGGGAAGGGUGCAAGGCGCCUCUUCGAGAUCGAUGGCGAGCGUGAUGGCGAUUGGUGGAGCAACAGCUCGGGCGCAAUCUGUUCGUAACCUCUUGAGGGCUAAGUCUGGGCAACAGAAGAAUCCCGAGCAGGAACGUCUUUGGGGACUGUUCGCCCGCCACACCACGAUAAUGCUCAUCGUGCUCUACCUCGUCUACACCCAGAUUUCGACCGUGGUCUUCCAGACUUUCUCGUGCGAAGAUUUGCCCGAGAUCGGCAAGAGCUACUUGAGGGCAGACUUCCGAAUAGAGUGCGACACACAACGUCACACGCUGUACAAGGCCUAUGCCGGCGUGAUGAUAUGUAUAUAUCCCCUCGGCAUUCCGGCGAUUUUCUUCUACUUCCUGGUGCGCCAACGUUCUCGCAUCAAUCCUCCGACCGACGAAGCUCUGAAGAAACGCCGAGGUGGACGUCAUGUGGCGGAACAAAAGAUGACCGUUCGCGACCAAGAUCAGAGCAUCGCCCCGACGUCCUUCCUCUGGAGUGCUUAUUUUCCUACGUGCUACUACUACGAGGUUUUCGAGUGCAUCAGGCGUUUGCUGCUGACUGGAAUCUUGGUGUUUCUUGUGCCGGAUACGCCGGGACAAGUCGCCUUCAGCUGCAUCUUUGCCAUCGUCAGCCUCAUGGUGUUCGAGCUUCUACGGCCUCACGUCAACAAUCUUGACAGGCAGCUCUACCGGACGGGGUGCCUCGUCAUCCUGUUCACCAAUUUCUUGGCGCUGGUCAUCAAGUCGGGUGCAGCAGACAAGGACUCAAGUGGCAGCGCCGCGUACUCUGUGGCACUGGUCAUCGUGAACAUAAUGUUUUUCUUGUCCAUCUGGUUCAACGCUUGUGCCACGACGAAGGCGAUGUUCAGCAGGAGUCACGCGCAGGACAUGCUUCUCGGUGUAGACGUCGUUGACGAGAGCACGAUCAACAAAGUUCUUGGCCCGGAGAUGAGAAAGACUGACGAGUCGAUGGGAAAGACCGGCGGAGAUGCCAAGACCGAGGACGGGGAGGAACGCCCGUUUUGGGACGACGCCUGGACCUCAGCGUUGCACUCAACGGCCGGGGGCAAUACCGGCCACAAAUGCCCUUUCCCGAUUUCGGCUGCUACCGCGUCGGGCCAGGGAUCGUCCCGUGGAGGCAGCCUGCGGACCACUUUGUCGAAGAUGGCGGCUAGCCCGUCCGAAGUGUCCGCCUCUGAAGGGCCACUUCGCCGUAUCUCGGUAGACGAGCGCCUUCCGACGGCGUCUGUGGGGCUUGUGCCUCUUGAGCCGACCGCCGAAGGGGUGUCGCCAACGGCAUCGUCACCCGGGGGGCAGACAAGAGCAACAGCAACAACUGAAGCGCGAGACGGCACGUCGGUGGAGGAAAGGUCGGCAUCAACAUGAUCUCCCACACGCCCAGAUUCCAAGAGUUUUUUCUGUGUGCCGGCACAUGGGAACGGCCCCAGGACAUAUUCUAUUGCGUUAUGACACAAAUUUUGUGUGUGUUUGGUUUCUCUGGCCUGGAUGCACCAGUGGGGGCCCCGGUUUAGCGACCCCCUGUUUAGCGACACGCCCUGAUUAGCGACCCCCAAAUCUCGUGACACCGCUGCACCCCGGUGUAGCGACUUAUUGGGCUGUUUUCAUCAGGCAAUAGCGACCAUCGGCUCAAAUUUUACGGAGUCCCCGCGUUCCUCCACACACAAAGACACAACAUCGCGGGACACGUACACACACGCAACAUGCCGUGCGCCGAUUGGAGAGUUGUGCAAACAGCCGGAUGUUGAACUGCGGGCGCCCAAGGGGCAUGUUUGCCAUGGUGCCUGCGGUGGGCGCUUGAACCGAAUGUGUGAGGAGGUGGAGCAUCGAUCGAUACACCGCAUCUGCCACGAGUGUAUGUCCAAGAACAUGCAGGCUUCCCCACCCGUCUCGAAUCCACCCAAACGCAAAGAGAGAUAGAGGUAGAUGGAGAGAUGGCGGUGCGGGGGUGGGGAAGUGAUGGCACCGCCGCCCUAGUCGGAGCUUUCAUCGCAUUUUGGAUCGCCAGAAGAGUGCGCGGAGUCGUGUGGAUUAAGCGAGGUAUCGUACUAUCUUCGCAAGACAAAGGUGUUGCUCACCGAAGCACACUCCGCGAAACCAGCGCUACAGACGGACACAUGAGAAAUGUUUAGUUUAACAUGAUCGGUACACGCGACAGUAGCAGAAUGAAGUCACUAGCAGCGCGAGGUUCUUUGCCGCUUGGGCGUUCGUUCACGAACUUUGGCGGGUUUUUUUAGGGGGGGAGACGUUGCCAUAAAUUUUUCUCCUUUCCCACCUUUUUUUUUUCAUGAUUCGCAGAACGGACUUACUUUCACGUGUUU